ACAGUAACAGGAAUCAGGCGGUAUUGCAAGACCCUUGAGAUUGCCAUCGCCAAGAUCGUAUCGUGGAUCCAAAUCACGCUAGCUCAUGACCCUGAAGCCCAAAUCCACAUCACGGCUCUGCAAUCUGCAAUCGAAGAUUACAACGAACUGUUGAGAAACAUUCAAGAUGAUGUGGAUAAAAUUGUAGGCAAGGGAGAAAAUGGUGCGAAAAUUAGGGUCUGGAGAAAGGCCAAGUUUAUUUGGGAUGAGGGUUCUAUGCACCGACACUUGGAACAGCUUCAUUAUCUGCAAGGUGCUAUUCAUUUAUUUCUUGGCACAACGCAACUACCACUUCAUCAAACACGUCAAGCCAUCAAAAAUCUAGCCAAUGAUGCUGCUUCUAUACGUUCAGAUUCCAGCUCACGGGCCAUCUACAACUAUCCUGUUGGCAAACUACCCAGCUCGAGUACGGCAGAGUUUACCUUCAAUGAGAUUACAUCUUCAUCGAGGGCUUAUCAGAGAGCGGAAGCAUUUGCCGCGGCUGGUGGUGACCUUUCCGAAACCAAGACAGUGGAAGAUCUCGAAACCGAGACUGCGUGGUUUACCACAUGUGAACAGCCGAAUGAGGGAAGUGACCGGAACUCAGCUGAUGAAGAAUCUAUCAGGCCACGGAAGAUGGAGACCAGUAACGGCAUUGACUCGUUACUUCCGGCGAUCCAAGGUGGCCUUGAAGAUAUUGCAUUAUCACCAAAUCAGGAAAGCCGUCCUCCAAUUACGACAGUAGCAUUUCCGCGCAAUGAACGUUUUUGCGGGCGAGAGAAAGAGCUAGCAUUAGUACAUGGGAAUCUGCGACGACCAGCACUCAACGCCCGCAGAUGCUGCGUCUUGCAUGGUAUUGGAGGCGUCGGAAAAACUCAAAUCGGUCUGGAGUAUACUUACCGAUAUCGCGAAUACUACGAAUAUAUAUUUUGGAUCCGUGCAGAAGAUCCAACGACUCUGUCGAUGUCUUAUGCGAUCAUCGCCGAGCAGUUGAAGCUAACUACCUCAACGGCUCCGGAAAUCCAAAUAGAGCGGGUGAAAGAAUGGCUCGAACAUCAUGGAUCUCACUGCCUUCUGGUGUUUGAUAAUGUCGAAGGUCUCGACUCGCUUCGAAACUUUUUGCCGAAAUCGAUUGCCUACGAAGGAUCAACAAUCAUAACAACACAAAUGAAGAGAGUAGCUAGUGUUUUCCGAGAAGCUGCUCUGCUAGUUGAGGGGUGGAGUCAGACGGAAGGACUGGGCUUUCUCCUUCGAUCGGUGGUGACACAGCAGACUACAACAGAUGCGGAAAGCAAAGAGUUGAUGGAAUUGUCAAGGCAACUGGGUGGUUUGCCGUUGGCGAUUGCAGAUUUAGCUGGUUACGCGGCGAUGCAAAUGAUGAGUUUUCGAGAUAUUCUAGAUUUAUGGGCUCAGGCUCCACCAUCGCCAUGGAUAAAUUCAUCAGAUCCAACGUCAAUAGCUUUGACUUUCCAGUACGACAAAACCUUAAAUAUAGGUUUUAUGAUGGCCUGGGAAGAGCUGCCUGAACAAGCACUUCUUGCCUUACGUGUCAUGGCCUUCUUGGACCCAGACGAAAUUGCGGAGGAAAUGCUGUUUAAGCUGGGAAGUUCAGGGACCUCACCACUUUGGACUGACCUACACAGGUAAGCCUUCUCUCAAAAAAUCCCACAUGGCCACUAACUAAAUGCCUCAAGUUUUCACUAUAUUCUACAAAAGUUAGGUGAG